GGCACGUUGUAUUCAAGACGUACUCUAUGUCCAAACACAAACACCAUUUUAAAGCGUUAUUUGGUUGAGGUUAAGAAUAAAAAGGAUGCAACACCCAUUCGACAUACCGUCAGCAGACUGCAGGAUUGACGGACUACCAAGACAAUGAAGCUCGUGCUCGUGCUGGCGGCGCUGGUGCAGCUUGGGGAAUGUGGGAAAACACAAACAAACCCCACGAUAGGCAAUAACGGAGCCAGCACCAAUUGUGAAGACAGUUCGCUUUCCCUCAACAUUGACGGGAACCCGGAGAUGAACUACAACCUGAAGAAAUGCACGAGCUCGAAGGGUGGUCUUGAUCAAAGUUGGUGGAAACUGGACAUGCAUCAGGAGGUUCAAGUCUACGCUGUGAAUAUAAUGUUCCAGAGCGAUAAUAUAUACAAACACACAUUUUCUACUAAAGUCCACAUUGGAAUAAAUUCCGACUUCGUGACCGGAUAUGCGAAGUGCAAAACUCUCAAGAAGACUGCCCAAAGCACUGUGGUGACAUUUAACUGUAAAGGAGUGAAGGGAUGCUACAUCUCCAUCAACUCCACAUCCUAUGCUCCGUUGAGUUUAAGCGAGGUUAAAGUCUCCACUACUCCCCUCUUGCAAAAUGAAAUGAGCGUGGCGUACGGGGAGGCGAUGCAGUCGAGCACAGUCGGGCCCGACCACAAAGCGUCCAAAGCCAUCGACGCUACCAACGGCACCAACUUCUGCAGUGGGAUGUGCAGCGCCACCAGCUACGAGUGGGAGCCCUGGUUCUGCAUCGAGCUUGACGACGUGUACACGGUGGACGCCGUCAGGAUCACCAAUCGAGACGACGCGGAGGGCAUUCGUCUCUUUGGAGCGCACAUUAAAGUGGGAGAAUCGUCCAAUCACAACGAUAAUGCCCUAUGCGCAAAAGACAUUUUGUGACUCCGGGCCAAUCGGCGCGCUUCCCGUGUGAAUCACAGCGGGGCCAAUACGUCUUCAUCGUCAUCCCUGGGAGGAAGGACUCGCUGAGUCUGUGUCAGGUUAAGCUCGACGUGUGGGAUGAUGGCUCUCACGUGAACGUGGUAUACUAGCCCGAAUAUUCAUACAAAAGUGAUUACUGGGCGACAUUACUGGUACAUCAGGUGUAUACAAUCAUGGUUGGCAUUGCCCGUCCCAGUGAUGUCAAAGAAUAAACUAAAGUCGUGUCCAGUUGAUUAUAAACUAUAACAAUAAGGUACUUCGUAAUACAUUUUGGGUCAGAUUGCGGAAAUAAAAUGUAUGUCUUACACCAUCCUCCACCCUUACCCCGCAUCUCGGAUUAGCGCGGUUGGCCAUGUACGGUGCAAAAGAAGUUCAACACACA